AUGAUCAUGCCCGACGCUUUAGGCAUCGCCAACAACAGUAGUGGCAAGGAGGACAGUUUGGAGUUUGACGAGGCCGACAUGUCUAAUAAGGAUUUGGAUGACAGUUCACAAAAUGAGAAUGUGUUCGGCAAAGGGAAGAAGCGUCGAGGGUCCGUGGGCAGCACGGCGCAGAUCUUCAAGUCGGUCAUGACUCCCAUCAAAUUUGCCAAGAAAUGGGGCGACCAGCUCUCGAUGUCCAAUCAUGGGCUCAAGAGGAGCAGCAAAUUGGGCGACCAGCUCUCGAUGCCCAAUCCUGGGCUCAAGAGGAGCAGCAGCAGCAGCAGGCUCUUUGACCAGCUUUCCCUUCCCAAUUUGCUCGAUAGCGUUAGCAUCAGUUCCAGCCAACCGAAAGCUCCGCAGGGAUGCGCCAACAAACCCGACGCUCCUCGUCUGCCGGCCACCAGCAGAUUGUCUCGAUCUCAUUCCGUCAGUGGUCUGGCAUCCUUGGAGCGUCAACACUGCGAUGUUCGAAAGCCCAUUCGUCGGCGAUUCUCCGACAAUGAAAUGCACAAUCAACUACAACGAAAACAGCAACAACAACUACAACCUGGCAAGAACUUUGUCUAUGGAACAGGGAUUACAUCUAGCAAUCAUUCCACCACGUCCUCCAAGCGACACAGAAAGUCACGACGUAGCGAAGUUAAAGGCGACAGGAAAAAGGACAAGAGCCGCAAGCACAAGAAAAAAGACAAGAAGGACAGGAAAAAGAGCCGAAAAGAAGGCGACGAGGAACGCCGACGCUCAUCGUCUGCCGUUUCCGUUCGAAGCGAAGACGAACGAAAAGCUCGUCGAUCUCGAAGUCGAAGUGCUUCUGUCGCACGACGAAACACAUCACGAAGUUCCAGUAAUCAUCGACCACAGCGCUCGCGUAGUUCCUCACUAGCGCGGGGAUCAUCUUCGCAUCAACUCUCGGCAAGAUCGCUGGCAAUGUUGAAGGGCGACAGCAACAAUAUGGAAUCGACGGUCAGCAAAGAGGUGGCGGAAACUCCGUCCCGCUCCCAUGCGUCGUUCACUACUAGUACCAGCAGCAUGGAUUUGGAAACGGCGUUUGCAGCAUCCUCCGUGACCACUACUCCUCGUGGAAGCCGUGCGAGUUUGGGACUGUCCAACAAUUCGCGCAAAAGCUUCCAAACGUUGACACCACAACAAUCGCGCAAAAGCUUUCACGCAUCCAUCUCGGACGAUUCCGGUGCUCAUCGAAAGACAGAGCGACAGCAAGAACGCCCAUCGAAAAUAGUGACACCCAUCGUGUUGGAACCUGACUACGCCCACAAUUAUAACGUGUCUUCGGGGACGACCACAGGAGCUUCCAACAACAACUACACGGCAGAACCACUGACGCCCACCUAUAGUACACCUUUAGGGCUUGCUCCUCCUCCAAAGACAAGUGCCCAGGGAAGUCACACUCUCAAGACCAACUCCUCAACUCCCAAAACGAUACCAGGCAUUGACAAGAACCCCAGUUCCGGGACCGACACGACAAGACGAGAUUCCGCCAGCUGGUCCGAAGGUCCAUUAGUACUGGUCAAUGGUGGUGAGGAGGAAGAACCGGAAGAAGCCGAUGACAUUGUCGACAGUGACCCUGAAGAAACACCACCCCUUCAAUUGUCGCCUCAAGACGCUGCUGUAUUGGCCCGGGCAAGGGCCAUGGAGAUACUGAACGCCUCCAAAACAUCCAGUGGGGAUGGAAGCACCCGAUCGGUCCAAUUCGAAGAAGACAACUUGUAUUCCAGCCGAUCCAAUUCGCGCUCGGCAAGGCAGUAUCAGCACGAUCAAGCAGCCGUCACGGCGCUGCUUCGGGGCCAUCGUGGCAGGGAGAGUGGAAGAUGCAGCUCACAAUCACGGGGGUCUUCAUCCUCGCUGCUACUGCCACAAGAAGCGGCCGCUACAGAAGAUCCGACGUGGGAGUGUCCCUGCGGUGAAUGCAACAAGGAUAGGUUCAACUUUUGCGGAAUCUGUGGUGGUGCCAAGCCAAAAGUAGAGACGAAUUGGGAGUGCGCUGGCUGUGGUCGUUUGGACAAUGAACCUCGCUUCAAGUUUUGUGUUGGAUGUGGGACACAGAGAUGA